UUACAAAACGUGUCUAAAGUGAGCACUUCCAAAAUGGCCGUCAAGCAUGCACUGAGUUUGAAAAUUUUGGCGGAGUGCCCCACCACUAAAGCUCGGGUCUGCAAGCUGGUCUUGCCGCACCACACGGUGGACACGCCGGUGUUCAUGCCGGUCGGUACCCAGGGCACGCUGAAAGGCAUGCUACCCGCACAGCUAGAGGAGCUGGACUGUCAGAUCAUUCUGACAAGAAUUAGACUAAAUAAUUAUGGACCAGAGCUGCUUGACAAGGCUGACGGCCUGCACAACUUCAUGAACUGGAAGAGGGCUCUUCUUACAGACAGUGGAGGAUUCCAAAUGGUUUCCUUACUCAAGCUGGCAGAGAUCACGGAGGAGGGUGUAAAGUUCCAGUCUCCUCACGAUGGUCGUGAGAUGUUGCUGACUCCGGAGCAUUCCAUGGCGAUCCAGAACUCCAUCGGUUCUGAUAUCAUGAUGCAGUUAGAUGAUGUCGUCCACAGUACAACCAAGGGACCCAGAGUGGAGGAAGCCAUGUACAGGUCUAUCCGUUGGCUGGACAGAUGUAUGAAGGCCCACAAGAGGACAGACUGUCAGAACCUGUUUGGUAUCGUACAGGGAGGGCUGGACCCAGAACUCAGGAAAAUCUGUGUGCAAGAAAUGACCAAGAGGGACCUGCCAGGGUUUGCCAUAGGGGGGUUGAGUGGUGGAGAAGAGAAGGCUCACUUCUGGAGAAUGGUCCACCUCUCUACUGACUACCUACCAAGGAACAAACCAAGAUACCUCAUGGGGGUGGGCUAUGCAGUUGACCUGGUGGUGUGUUCAGCCCUUGGCUGUGACAUGUACGACUGUGUCUUCCCCACAAGAACUGCGAGGUUUGGUUCAGCCCUAGUUCCCACCGGGCAGCUGCAGCUGAAGAAUAAACAGUAUGCCAGAGACUUCCGACCCAUAGACGACAACUGCAGCUGUUCCACCUGCUCCAGAUACACCAGGGCUUACCUGCAUUCUAUUGCUACCCAGGAAACUGUGGCAUGCCACCUAGUGACAGUACACAAUAUUGCAUACCAGAUGAACUUGAUGAGGACUUUACGACAGAGUAUUCUGGAGGGCCGUUUCCCCCAGUUUGUACAGGACUUCAUGGACACAAUGUACCCCAGCAGAAACUACCCAGUGUGGGUGGUCGAGGCUCUAGCAGCAGUCAACAUCAACUUACAAAAAGCCCAACCUCAACCUGAUGCCCCUUUAGAAAAUAUUGCUAAUACAUGUAGUUAACUAAUAUAUUAUCAUUGACAAACAAUAUUUUAAGUACUAGUAACUAAUAACUUUAAGAAGUACUAUCAAGAAUACUGGAGUAAGUUCACAGCCAGAAAGAAAGUACUAGUAAUUUAUUUUCUCAUCUGAAUACAUGGUGUAUACAUGUACUGUCAUCCAACCAAUGGUUCCCAACCCAAAUUUGAACAUGAAUAAAAAACAUUUU